GCUGGGCUGCGAGCGCCCGCCCCUCCAUCUAUCACAUGGCCGGAGAGCCACAAAAACAACAGCUUUGGCCAAGACCGUGACUUCAGGAAAGGGAACGCAGGGUUCCCGCCGCCAGCCCCCACCCCAUGGAGGAGAGUUUUCUUGAAUCCUUUGGGAGGCUGAGCCUCCGGCAGCAGCAGCCGCAGCCGCCUCGGCCGCCAGCUCCGCCGCCCCCGCGUGGAACACCUCCGCGCCGCCACAGCUUUCGGAAACACCUCUACCUCCUGCGAGGCCUCCCGGGCUCGGGGAAAACUACACUGGCCAGACAAUUGCAACACGACUUUCCCAGAGCCCUGAUUUUCAGCACGGAUGAUUUUUUCUUCAGGGAAGAUGGUGCCUAUGAAUUCAAUCCUGACUUCCUGGAGGAAGCUCAUGAGUGGAACCAGAAAAGAGCAAGAAAAGCAAUGAGGAAUGGCAUAUCCCCCAUUAUUAUUGAUAAUACCAACCUCCACGCCUGGGAAAUGAAGCCCUAUGCAGUCAUGGCACUUGAAAAUAACUAUGAAGUUAUAUUCCGAGAACCUGACACUCGCUGGAAAUUCAACGUUCAAGAGUUAGCAAGGUACUUCUUUGUUUUUCUAGCUCCUCAUUAUGUAUCCUGCUAUUUUCAGGUAUUUCAGACCGAACAAAAGAAUCUUUUCAGGCUGGAAAUGGACAUGGUAGUUUUCAGGCCAGAAAUGAAGAAACAUUCAUGGAGUCCCGAGAGAGAAAAUACACCGAAUGAAAGAACGAUAUGAACAUGAUGUUACCUUUUACAGUGUGCUGCACGCAGAAAAACCAAGCAGAGCGAACAGAAACCAGGACAGGAAUAAUGCAUCUCCUUCCAAUGGUGCAGGGUACUGGAACGCCUACGCAGAGUUCCCAAACCGGAGGGCGCAUGGCAGCUUCACUAAUGAGAGCUCCUUUAACAGAAGGGGUGGUUGUCACCACGGGUAUUAGAGGCCUCUCUUACAGGCAUUCUGAAUUUUCCUAAAUCAGUUUUUACUUCAAUUUUUGGUAUUUAUUCUCCGUUCAGUGGUAGUCAGAGCUCUAAUUCCAGUGUAAAUAGUCAAGCCUGAGAGUUUCUGUGCAGAAGUCGUUACAUGCCUCUUCAACAAGCAUUUGUUAAAGUGAUCCUAUGUGCAUGGUCUGAUGCUGGGAAUUCUGCUGAUUUGAUUAAACAAAGUCCUUUCUCUAAGGAAAGAACUAAUUCAAAACUGAAGCCUGAGAACAUACCCAAGAACGUAAUCAGCCACAUAGGCUCAUUAAUGAACUGUUUUUAAUAUAAAGCUUCAGUAGCCCUUUCUCUGAAGCAGUCUAUUUUUUCAGGAAAUUCAUCUCCAUCAGGAAAGUUGGAAAGGUGGGGGAGAAAUAGGCAGGAACAAUUUUUUAGUGGCAUUGCUACUUUUGAUCAUCUGUGUAUCCAAAAAUGUGAGUUGUGUGGCUGUAAUGAUGAUACUGAUUUUCCUUUAAGAUGAAGACACUAGGAAGUAUACACCUAAGGGAAUAUUGUCCUUCACAGUAGACUCUUUGGGAAAUUAUCCCUUUAUUUUAGCAAUGUGUCACUGUUAGAAAUAUCUGUUAAAAUCUUAAUAGCGAUACAAGCUACUGCGGAAAAUCAGUGUCGUCGUUUCAAGUCACAUCUUGUGUUUUAACUACCACUUUAUCAAACAGGGUUAAACCUGUUUGAUGACAGGGAUAAACCUGUUUGGCUGUUGAGCUAACAGUGUACAUAAAACAAGCCUGCCUUUAUAAAACACCAAUUUUUAAGAGGAAUAAUUAAUCAAUUUUUAAAAAUUAUUCCUAUAAACAUGUAUUAUCAGUUGGCAGCUCCAAAGUUUUGGGCGUACAAGGAAUGAAGCAUCCCAGGAUGUCCUCACAUGGAAACAGGAAAAGUCAUGCUUCUCUUAUGAGGAGCAGCCUCAGUGUUUUGUGAGGCUUUAAGACAAAGUUCUACUACAAUUCUUAUAUUAAUAUUGAAUUUAUGAAACAAAAUCAAAUUUUAACAGGUUGGAAUCAGAUUAAUUUGGUGUGAGACCACAGAUAAGACCAUGUAGGAUGUAUGCUUUAUUUCUUGUUGGCCAACAACUUCUUUCUAAUGUUUUGUGAAGCAUUAUUUUAAGUGUUCUAUAUAAUGGUGCUUUUAUGGUUAUUAAAAAUUAUAUAUGGUAUUGCUUUA